AUGACAACGAUGCUUCUUUCGGUUCCCCAGGCACAUAGUGAAGUUAUUACGUCUCUGCAGUUUUCCCCUCAUCACGUUUCUGUCUUCUGCUCCACAUCGGGGGAUGACACCGCGGCGUUGUGGGAUUGGCGUCAGGCCACAGCUGGCCAUGAAAUCGCACGCCUCACACACCACCAGGGUCCUGUGAACCACGCCCUGUUUCUGCAGGAAGACGAAAGGAUGUUACUGACGGCGUCCGAUGACCGCACGAUUGCUUACUGGGACGCACGUGAAUUGAGCGCGCCGGUCGGGAAUAUUCGCGGUUUCGGGGACGGAAUCAAUAAAAUGUUGAGAAUUCCCGCGCCCGGUACAAACGGCGGUUGUAAUUGGCUGCUGGCAAGCGCCUGCGAUGACGGCAUGGUGUACAUUUACUCACUUGGGCCGGAGAAUGUUCCGCAGCGGAACGACCAACAGGGAAGAGGGGCGAAUGCUUCAAACACGGCUGCUAUCGGAACGAUGGUGGAUCGUUUCUGGGCAGCGACGAGCACCGUAAACGAUCUGGCGUUAUCCCCUAACCCGGGCUUGCUGCUUACGGCAUCGGAGGAUUGUGCGGUGCGGCUGUGGAACAUCGUUGCGGAUAUGCGGGUGACAACGGAGGAUCGACUUGUAGCCUCCUUUGAGGAAUUUGAUAAUCCUGUUAACCAAAUUGCCGUGGUUCACAGCGAGGCGCAGCCUGAGGGGCAUCCGCGGCCGGAAUCGGGCUUUUGGCUCUACGCCGCCUGCUCGGAGGUUGUGUUUGCCGUCGACAUUGAUCCUGUGACCGGGGCGUUUGGGGAUGCCGCCCGCACCUUUAUGGGACACCAGGACUACGUGCGCGGUCUGGAGUUUGUCGGUCGCGAUACGCUUUUGACGGUCUCUGACGACACCACCGCGAUUGAGUGGUCGCUGACCACCGCGGAGCCGAUUCGUCAGGUGAAACUGCAUGAGGGACUUGUCAUGGCAUCCGCGACGUCCGCUGCGAAGGAUGUGCUGCUGACGGGGACAGAUGGCGGUGAGUUGCGGGCGUGGCAGCUGCCGUUCAACACGGAGAAGUGCAACAGGGAUACAACAAACGGCUAUUAA